UUUAGCCUGUAAAACGAAAAAUACAAAAGAAAAUAGAAUAAAGAACAAAAGAGAAAUUGGAGUAUCGGGUCAAAAUUGGUUCUCGGGUCACCCUUAAUCGAAGAAUUUGUGAUUUUUCUGCCUUAUUCAGAAUGAUCUUCUGACAAAAUUUUCAGACAGCUAUUCCAAUUCAAAGACUGGGAAUUCUGGCGUAUGGCUUCUAGGCGGAAUAUUAAUUACAGUCGUCUUGCUGUUGAUGAAGAUGAUGACUAUUAUGGAAAUUCUGGCAAGCGAGCUGACCCUAGAUUUGAUUAUUCACCUAAAUCGUUAGAUAGAAUUCCCUGGAAAUCCAUUGCCCUUGCUCUAUUUCUGCUUUUUCUGGGAUGUCUGCUUCUCUUGUUAUCAUAUUUUAUCUUAUCUGGUCAUAUGGGAGGAGAGCGUUCCCAAGCAUAUGGUCUCCUUGGACUUGGAAUCCUCACUUUUCUCCCUGGUUUUUAUGAGACUCGGAUUGCGUAUUACUCUUGGAGAGGUGCUCAAGGUUAUCGAUUUACUGCAAUCCCUGACUAUUGACGUCUUCAUAUUUCAUGUAAACUCUGAAUAGAGUUACUAGUUUCUAUAAUGAGUUUUGUGAUAGAUUCUAGCACUCAUUUUGUUCUUUACAUUUCAAAUAACUUCUGAAUAUAGUUACUGGUUUUCGUAACGAGUUUACGGCAUUUCUUU